CAUCCACAUACACAUAGUCAAGUCUCUUGCAAAAUGAAGGCUUCAUUCGCUACUAUCGUAUGGUGGGCACUACCUCUCGUUGUGCGAGCUAAUCACUCCGAGUUUACGCACCAUCCGCACCAUGUCGUAUUCGACCGACCAGGAAUUGACAAGUGCGGCAAGGAGGCGGGCACGGAAGAAUAUCUCAAGCUACUCUUCAAGGCUCUCAACGGUGCUGAUUCCGGUCAGGGCUGGCUCAGCGUCGACGACUACUGCAACGACUCCAUCUGCGUCACCGUGGCCGGCAAUUACGCCGAUAGCUACGCCGGAGCGCAAGCCAGCUUUGGUAUGCUCAAUGGACUCAAGGCUAUCUACCAGGAGAAUUACGUCUGCACUUCCCACCGAAGCUGUGACCCAAUGGGCAUCUGUCACGAAGAUCGCGAGUUCCACGAGGAGUACCUGGCGCUAGCAGCAUUUGGCAUCAAGCGCGAUGAUGGCCACGACACACUGCUCCAGGUGCGCGUCAAGAAGAACCCUGCCUCGUCUACUCACUGCCCCGAGGACGAAGUGGCGUUGGCGACUACCUUUGCAGACUAUUCUGGCAACUCUUACACUGGACCGGUUACCUUAUUCUGCAAGAUCUUGGGCGGUGGCAAGCGCGAGAUUGAGCAAGAGCCGCGUCGCACUAUUUUUGUCAACCGCAACGAGACGAUCUGUCUGGGAUCUACAGGGUGGUGCCUUGAGUAAAGAGCUGCCUUCUUUUACUCUAUAGCGUUAUAUAAGGGAAGUCCAGGUGAGUGGGCCACACGUACGAGUGGUCCUCCUCCCUAAGCUCGCAAAUAUAACGAGCAAAUGAGCAUGAGAAUUAGAGCCAAGUAGUAUAAAUAUUAGUAUAAAAAGAC